AUGCCAUCCAAAAAGUAUAAGAGCGCAGCUGCAAGUGUAGUAAUGCUGAGCCUUUUUUCUAUUAUUUCUGUGCUUGCUGUGAUGACAGAGAGCAGUGUUUUGCGUGAGGAUGCUAGCUUGCAAGAGUUUGGCGAUUUUUUUUUCUUGGAUCUUGAGGCUUCUCCCGUGCGCACAGAAAACCCCGACAUUCUUACAUGCGACAGAUGGGUAGUUCUUUUUGAAAAUGAGCUAAAAGAAGAGGCCGAACCCAGCGCAAAGAGCAAGGAUACGGCAUGCGAAGAAGACCUGCUUCUGCUUUCCGAGCUGAUAAACACGCUGGCCCAAAGGGGGGACGACUUUUCUAAUAGCUGCAAUGGGUUCAUGCGCAAGCACAUAUAUGGGCUGUUCAAGGAUGCCCUCCAAAAUGAGAGAGUGGCUGUGGUCUUUAGAGACAUUGAAUGCGCUGAGUAUGUUGUUGUUUCCAGCAGCGUCAUAGAAGGCGCAGCGGAUGCAGGGGAAGAGUACUUUGGCGUGACAAAAAGCUUCAUGCACCAAAAAACCCCAGAGUCUUUCAUCUGGGUCAACUACAAGUACACAGAGUCGCCGCCUCCAGAGGCCAAAUCUUUCAGAGAAAGCUCAGAUAACCCCCUUCAAGCAGGCAGCAGCUGCAUUGAAUGCGUUUGGAGGCGCCCCAUCAUCUUGCAAAGGCUUCCAAACGAAGAAAAAGUCUGCAUUUCGUAUGAAAGCCCAUCCCAAAAAAAAGCCGUGCACAUAACUUGCGCGCACACCCACUAUAUGGUGGAUGUUCUUAUAGACCUGCUGGCCCAACACAGCGCAUGGCUCUCCGAGAUGCCGCGUCAGUAA